AUGGUGUCUCGACUGGAGUCGCUCAAGGUGAACGUGGAGACGUAUGACCCGGAGCCCAGGGCGGUUGUGCUGUGGCCGCCGUCUGCGCGGAGGUGGCGUGUGCCAGGGGUUCGUUCAGGGUCCGUUACAUCGGCGACAGUGACUGGUACGACUGCCCUGAGGGCAGCUUUCUCUCAGGUGUGGGCACUUCCGUUAACUUUGCGAGCAGCAAGAUCAGGUGCCCCAAGUACGACGAGGUGUGCACCAUCACUCCCGCCGGCAGGAGUGGUGUCACGCGCCACCCGAGCGACGAUGACGAGUUGUGGGCACUGGGGACGAUUACCCCUCACAUGCACUGCACCGUGA